AAACACUGACAAACGCCUCUCGGAGUCCAUUUUUGUGUUGUGCUUUCCACUCGGAACGAUAAGGCUGACGAAAAAAUAUGGAAUAAACAACGCUCGUUCGGUACGGUAAUCGGGUGAAAGUGCGCUAAAGUUGUAGGUUUAAUCGCGGACCAAGUGUUGCAAGUUGUUUGCGUUUGGAGUGAGUGGAUAUUCGGACGAGAACAGCUAGUGGAAUCCAUCUGGUCAUCGAUUUUCGCUUCAGUCGUGAAGGAGAAGCGUUCCUUCCUCCUGUCGUCACCCGCCGCCGUUGCUCACUUGGAGGAGAAGUCCCUUGCGUGGUAUGGUUGGAGUCUCCUCAAAGGACAAACCCUUCCCCAAUAUGUCGCGCAGUGUCAGGGCCGAAACGCGGGCCAGCAAGAAGGACGAUGUCAAGAAGUUUAUGCUCUCAAUGGAUCGAGUUCGUCGCUGGGAGAAAAAGUGGGUCACAAUCGGGGAAACGUCCAUGAAGAUCUUCAAGUGGGUUCCGAUCUCGAGUAAGGACAACAAGAAGGGCGGAGGGCUGCUCAAAGGGGGAGGAGGCACAACGAUUGGGGGUGGAGGAAAUGUGCUGACCAACGGGAACUCGACGGUCAGCAAUGCGGCUUCGGUCAACAGCAAUAGUAACAGUAAUAGUAGUGAGAAUAAGGAAAACACUCGGAAACAGGGGACGGAUUCGAACUCCAACUCGAACUUUGCGCUGACCACCGAGGAUUCCAAUACCUGCUUCUCCCUUGUGAGUGACUCUCAGGGCGCCACCGAGUUCGUGUCGAAUAUGCCCUUCUCGGAAGACUCCAAUUCGCAGGGAUCGGACAGUGCUCCAAAGCGACUGAAAACAGACUAAGACUGGCAGGAGGUAACAUUCCGCAUUGGUCUGAUCGAUUCUUAACGUAUGAGGAGGUGAGCCGGUCUUGCAGCCUUCCCACAUUCACCACUUCAUAGUGUAGCUAACAAGUAAGUUUCUUCUCGUUUUUCUUUUUGUUUAGCGAUGGAAGCUAUAAGUAAUCAAUGUCCAUCAAGGGUCGCACUCAUCUCCGGUAGCAAGGCUGGAGGAAGGUUGAGAAUUUGUACAAAUAACACUCUUAUUAAGAAGAUUGAAACAGUUUUCAAAGUCUAGCAAUUAGUUUUAAGUACAUUCUAAUUAGGACAGAUUGUGAUUUGCGAUGGCACCUUUAUUAGGAAGUGCCCGAAGAAUACGAUUCCUGGAAAGCAAACUCUUUGAAUGUCACGGCUAUUUGGACGCCUAUUGCGAGUAUACCUAAGAUUUAUUUAUUUCGACUUAAACCAUUUUACACCACAUCUCUACUAAUGGGAGACACAAAAAAUCGACAAAGAUUAAAUACACACUUCUAUAUCAAUCCCAAACUCAAAUUCAGCACAGCAGUAGCGUAAGAUUUUGCCUAGUUUUAUCGUACAGCUCGCGCCUUGAUGUCUCGUACAGGGGUAGCCAGAUGUUGUUCUUCGCAUCUAGAUUGUUAGCCGCAUUUUCUGUGUAUUUUAGAAUAAACUUCAUAAAUCUGCAAAUAAAAAAUAAUAUACGGAUAAACUAUGAUAAUGAAAGCUAAA